UUGUUAGCUUUUGAAAUGUAAUUAUGGUGAUCUUGUACAACCUAAGUGUAGCGACACAUUUCCUGCCACAUCCGAAACGGCUCACAAUUAGCCAGCAUUCCGGCUAAGGGAGAUAGCCUACGGGGGUUUGUGAGUACGCGUCUUUUGCAGCAUCUGCGUCCAUGGGGGCUGGGUUGAGGGAGGCUUAAAAGCAAGGCUGUUUAGUUCGAAUAAAGCUAUCUUUGACUGCAGUUUACUGACACCGCUACAACGUGUUUUUAUCGCUGGCUGUCCAGACGGAAGGUGCUGAAACGCUUUGUCGCGUGUCUGGAAGAAGUGAAAACUUUCCUGGGCAGCAAAGGGCUCACCUUUCCUGAGCUGGAACAGCCAGAGUGGCUGGAAAAGCUACACUUCAUGGUAGACAUGACAGCGCACCUGAACACGCUGAACACAGCUCUUCAGGGGAAAGGACGUACAGCCCUGCACAUGUUGGAGGAUGUUUUGGCAUUCGAGCGCAAGUUGACAGUGCUUGCCAGAGAUUUACAGAAAGGCACUUUGUCUCACUUCCCCAAUUUGAGAGAGUUCAAACAAGGUCACGACAUGAUAAUUUCGGAGUAUUUACAUUCUGCAAUCAUCGCAAUGCAAACAUCGUUUGGGAAACGCUUCUGUGAGUUCAGAGAGGAAAAAAACACAUUAUCCUUCCCGGUCACUCCCUUAAGCAUCGAUCCUUCCCUACUGAAUACGACUGCAUUGGCAGGUGUGAGUCAACCUGAUCUUGAGAUGGAACUGGCCGACAUAGCCGACAAAGACAUAUGGGUGUCCAAGUUUAGACGCUUGACAGCAGACCUUGAAGAUGUUGCCCGUCAGAAGGCCGUUCUUGCUCAGAAACACAAAUGGAGUGAUAUUGAAAACCUCACAGAUGACAGCUUGCGAUCCUGUGUAAAGAUGAAGGUGACAUCAUACAGCCCUGAUGUGCAGACGCUGUGCGCUGAGGUCCAGGAGCAGAAAUCCCAUUAACCAAGAUGACAGCUGGCUGACGUUAUUUUUGGUUUGCUGCUGGCGGAAAAUUUAAGUUCGGCGUUUUUCAUAAAUACAAGAAGGAC